CGUGAUGUGAAAUAAUGUAUGACUAACUAUUCUAUACAAAUGGUCACUUAUAUAAUAUUUUCCCAUCAUUUUCAUUGUAUAAUAUGUUAUUUUAUUGUCAAGUUAUUUGUUGAGUUUUCUCUGGCAGAAAUGUUCUGUACAGCCUAUCCGAAUCAAUAAUUCAGGCUCUCUGGUUCUAGCGUAAAAACUAAAUAUCCUGUAUAAUAAUAAGUAGUAAUACGUGCUGAAAGUGUUAACAUGAUUGUGCAAAUUAAUUUAUGCCACCUUAGAAUGAAAUGAUAAUGUAAAACAUGUCAAAUGAUCAAUUCUGUUUCUGUAGGUCGUCGUGCCAUCCUGACUCCAAGCCCUUAAUUCUAAAACAGAUAAUAACUUAUUGAGAUCAUAUUUUAUGAACGAACUAAUCAGUUAGCAACUCUUGGAUUUUCGUCCGAAAUUCAUUCAUCCAUACAUACGAUCACAGAGCACAUUUCCAUCAUAGCUAAUGUCAGUUUGUGAUGGAAACUGUAGCCUGAGACUGUUUAUUCUAACCCGAACAAUGAACCAUAUGGGGGGAUUCUAACAAUCUACUUGAUCCCUUUAUAAGGGUUUGAGAAGACAGACAUGUAGUCAAUAAACGAGUAGACAAAUUCACAUACCAUUGUUUAUUUUUAGGACUAAUAUAUAUAGUGUAGUGAUUCGUAGAAGACUUUGGCAGAUUUACUAAUUCCGUAAAAUCUAUUUAUACUUUGUAAUAUUAUUGUUCGCUUUUCGAUAAACUAUUUACUUACAAAGAGUGGUUUACCGACUAUCUAAUAACUGAUUGAAGAUUGGUUAUUAGUUGUUUUAAGCUCAUCCCUAUAUUAUGCUAUUGCUCUUUUUUCUUUAAUCACAUCACGAACUGAUAUUGACAGGAUAAUCAUUGAAGACCAAUAAGCACUGUACUGCUCUUUCAUCCUAGUUUGGAACGUACGAGUGGAAAGUGCGCAUCCACGACCUCACCAUAGGGAAGCCAAACCAGUCCUUUUUAACUAAAUCCCACUAAUGGUCAGGACACAGACCUAAUGAAUCUGAGCAAAAUACAUCAAACUUUUUGUGUAUACAUCUUUUGUAUUAUUUAGUACGGAUUUUUAUGUAUGUGAAAUGACAUUGUUUAAUACAACUGGUGUAUCCAACUAAUAUCACUCUGCUUCACUUACACAACACAUAUCACUUCUAACGUACUAUUAUUAUUGAUAUAGAAUAGAUAGGGUGUGUAAUCUAACACUCCCGUUUCGUCUCAUUCGAAACUCGUCAGCUGGAUAUACCUGCAUUCCAGAGUUGAUGCCAACCAAGACUGAUCGAAUUUCAGCAAAAAAAUAUUAGCAACAGGAUCGUUCAAAUGAUCACAAGAUAUUAUUAUUAUUAUUAUUGUUAUUUUAUCAUUAUUAUUACUGUGAAUUCUAGAUGGUGCUAUCGAAAUCACCAGUUUGUAGAGUACACCAAUAGCCUCAUUUGAUAGAUUUCUUGUCAUUGUUACAGAUCGUCGCCAAGAUUUCGAUUAAUGCACAUAGAUAGUAAUAACAAUAAUUACAUAAUCAUUUAAGCUUUUAUCAUUAUCUAUAAAAUUAGUCUUACAUACAUUAAACAGAUUCAUAGCUUGUGUUAUUUUAUCUCAUUAGAAAUAUACAACUAAAAGGAGAUUUGCACGCGUGAUGUUUUCUUCUUGUUACUACUA